AUGGUCCUUGAACUACUCACUGCUAUAGCGGCUUGUCCUGCGAUUGUUGGUACUACUGAAGCAGUCCGCCAAAGCCAAAGAACAAAUGCGAAAGAAAAACACAGAGGCGUGAAGUCGAAUCUCAUCGUUUCUUGCGCAGGACCUCAAGCGCGGCUAUACAUUGGGUUGCCCACGGUGGAGGGUCGGCCCAAUUUAUCACAGCAUCCAUUCGCAGGAUAUUUCCUUCCCUAUCCCGAACGAAACUGGGCUCGCAAGGGAGAAGGCAUGGUUUCUACGAUCUGCGAUAAGCCUCCACAGCUAAAUUGGAUAUACGUGGACGAAGAAACUUAUGAAGUGAAAUACGGCCUGCGAACAGACUCGGAAGAAAUCUUGUUGGGCCGUGGGACUGCAGUGCUCCGAAUAAUGGGGCUAUAUGUCACACCAACUAUCCUAUACAAGAUGCAACUUAAUCCUACUGUCUAA